CAACAACUUCAACUAUGUGUUUGUGUAAUGAAGCGUCAAUCAAUCUUGCUGCGACUCAAAACAUUUUGGUAUUUUUGAACGACAAUAAUCCAGAAUUGUCCAGAAAGCCCUUUGUGCCCCCGAUAAGCCCAAAGCGACUAAAAGCGGAAGAACAAGAAAACAUAUAGUCCUUGGUGCCACAGUCAUCCGUCAUCCUUCACAUCUCCUUACCCUAAUCUUACCUCGUUGCCAUCCAAUGGAACAUUAUGGGUGAGAGCACAAAGAUUCAGAAGGGCAAGGCGUCAGCCAAACGCAAUAGCGAGGCACGUCGUGAACAGAACCGUCUUGCUAGCCGAAACUAUCGCGAAAAGCGGAAGCGGAAGCUGGCCCUUCUAAAUGAGCUUCUAGACCCCAGCAACAUUCCUAGCAUCACCGGUAACGGUAAUAUAUAUGAUGUUCCGGGCCCCAGUGGUUCGAGUGACAUCAGCGCUCCUCCAGCACCUCUGACUAACCAUCUCAUAACAUUGGAUCUCAACAGAUUCGAUGGCACUGAAACCUAUUCUGCGCCGCAAGCCUGGGCAGAUUUUACUCAUGAGUCGGUUCCGACGAUCAUUCCUAACCAACUGGCACCGGAGUUUCCCCCAGUGCUUGACAAAGACAACGCUCCCAACCUUGGAUCUCAUGAGCAAUGGGAAGCUGUCACGCAUGGGCUUAUACAACAAUCCCCAACGUUUACAGGCCAGUCCCCAGCAGACUGCAUAGGCUAUAGGGCCAUAGAAGAAGCCUUCGAGGAUAGUCCAGACUCUAGCCACAGAUGCUCUCAAGGAGCCUCGAGCAAUGACGAUAGUUCCUUGAAAGACGUCCUACAUGGAGUAGAGAGACUCAGCAUUGAACAGAAACAAUAUCUUCUUCGUCGCCUACAAAAGGAUACCCGGGAACCAAAAUCUCCAUCUCCUCCACAAAAGAUGCUACGUCAGACUCCUGGCCAAAUCCAAGCCAUCCUAUUUGCCAAAGCAUUGAUCAGGACAGCAAAUGCGAGACCAUCGCUUUUCCCAACGCAAUACACAAUGGAUCCGGGGAUAUUUGGUGCAAUAUUCGCAAACUGCUACGCUCUCGGUAUGGGGGGUGUAGACGAGAUACUCCACGAUGACGGUUGCAGUGUGUUCUCUGUCACGUCGGACGAAGGCCACCAUCCAUCAAAAUUGUCCUUUGUGAAGUCAAGAUUCUUGGAUGUAUCAUCUGAUCUUCAGCCGAUUGAGAAACAGUUAACGUUUGGACAUCAUCCUUAUAUUGAUGUUAUUCCGUUCAAAACCUUUCGUGAGAACCUCAUCACCGUUCUCGACCAAGAUCCUAAUGCCAUUGAUGAAGGGGCCUUGUGCCAUGAUAUUCUUUCCGGCGGUUUCACAUGCUGGGGAGCUGGAAUGAACUCACGUGGCAUGGGUGCAGGUGUGCCAUGGGACUCACGUAGUUGGGAGCCCAGUAUAUGGUUUUUAAUGAAGUAUCGUACUUUAGCAGGUGAGUGGGAUGGUGAGCUGUGGAAGAGUGUUCGGUGGUGGCAUAGUGCUCGAGGGGAGAGAAUGCAAAUCUCGCAGGAAAUAAAUAUAGGCAGCGACAUCUUUCAGGGUACACCGAGGCGAUAGAUAACACACAACUACUGUCUUCACAUUAUUAAGGAAUAUUGACCUAAAGACAGUCUGGUAUACCAUGCCACAUAGUAUUACAGGACAAGUGCUACACGACAGGCUGAUGAUAUAAAACACGAGUAAGAAUAUGGUAU